AUGACAUAUAAAGAAGGAGAACCAAGCUGUUCUAAUUGUUGGAGUUUGGCUGAUCAGCAAGAAGAUGCUAGGAAAGAAGUGAAAGAAAGAAAAUUCACCAUUACACCAGUGCUUUGCAAGGAAAUAGUGCGUGAUAAUUUGCCGCUGAUUGAGUAUCACGCAAUAAAGAUGGAAGAUAAAUGCAAGAUCGGAUUGCUGUUACAGAUUUUGCCAAAUAUGCCAUCAGAAGCGAAUCAUUUAAAGCGUAUCAAAAAUGGACUAAUUCUUAUCCAACCAGCAAAUGGACCACUGCCGCAGGAAUUUCUGAAGAAACUUGAGACUACGCUUUUAGAUAUUUCUAUCUCAAAAGUGAAAGUUCCUUUAUGUAAGCCAUUGACAAGGCGACAAUUUCUAUGGGCCAAGCAGUAUUGGCCUACAGCUUUUCAUCCAAACAAGCAUUAUGAAGCACUUUUGAAUGGGAACUUUUUCACAACUGAUGAGUACCAAAAGAUUAUUGGCUUCUAUUUGGAAUCGGAAAAGAUCAGUAAUGGUGGUUCAGGAUGUGUCAUUGUAGAUUUAAAAGGUGAAGUUGUCGCAAAAAGUGGUGACCGAAAUAUACCUCUUGGUCAUGCUGUUAUGGCUGCAGUCUCAGAUCUUUGCGAAAGACAUCGCACCAUUCAAAGUGACAUACUGCAAUAUCUUGGUACAGGAUAUGACGUUUACAUGACAGAUGAACCGUGUGCAAUGUGUGCUAUGGCUUUGGUACAUUUUCGUGUUGGACGAGUAUUUUAUGGAAAACGUACUUUUUCAAGUGGAGUAUAUGAAUCAUGCUGGAGAAUUCAGGAAGAAAAGUCACUGAAUCACCACUAUGCGGUCUUUCGGAUAGAUGAAUUAAUGUGA